UCAUUUCCACCCAAGUACCUCAAGCCAGCCACAUUUGCUGGUCAAAUACAAAAAUAAAAGCCUCUGAACUGACCAAAAGCAUAAUCAAGUUCUGGUCUUUGAAGUCUUGUGGAGGGGGGUAAAGAUACGGAGAUAUAAAUUAAGGGCUGUGUUUUCAUGUUUGUAUGUUUUUGUGGAGUUGAUUUGUGUUGAGUUGAAGGAGAAAGCUUGACUUUUGGAUCUGAAUUUGGGGGUUUUCAGCUGGUUGACUUGAUAUUUGAGAUGGGUUUAUUUUGAUUUAGUUCUUGAUUGGCUGUUUUGAGGAGAUAAAAGAGAACAAAAUGAGUUGGAAAAGUAGAGGAGGCGGAGGGCUAGAGUCAGCUUCAAAGAAUUUAGUUUCAAGAAAAUGGGCUAUUUUGUUUUGUAUUGGUUGCUUUUGUGCAGGGAUGCUCUUCUCUGAUAAGAUGUGGAUAAUGCCUGAAGUUAAAGAUAUACCAAGAGGAAUGAGGGGUGAAGAUGAAAAGCUAAAGCUGAUUUCCGAGGGUUGUGAUCCUGUUAGUAAGGAUGCAAAGCGUGAACCAGAGGACAUUUUAGGGGAGGUUUCAAAGACGCAUCAUGCUAUACAUGCAUUAGAUAAAACAAUCUCAAACUUGGAGAUGGAGUUGGCUGCUGCAAGAGCUGCUCAGGAAUCAAUUAUUAAUGGUUCUCCCUUGUCAGACAACUUAAAGAUCAGCGAAUCAAGUAAUAAAAGAAAAUAUUUAAUGGUUAUCGGAAUCAAUACUGCUUUUAGCAGCCGAAAGCGAAGAGAUUCAGUUCGUGCUACUUGGAUGCCUCAAGGUGAUAAAAGAAAGAAGCUUGAGGAAGAGAAGGGCAUUGUCAUCCGCUUUGUAAUAGGUCACAGUGCUACCUCGGGCGGUAUCCUCGAUAGAGCCAUUGAAGCAGAAGAUAAACGACAUGGUGACUUUUUAAGGCUGGAACAUGUUGAAGGUUACCUUGAAUUGUCAGCCAAGACAAAGAUAUUUUUGGCCACUGCAGUUGCUUUGUGGAAUGCUGAUUUUUAUGUCAAAGUUGAUGAUGAUGUCCAUGUAAAUAUAGCAACACUUGGAGCAACUUUGGCUAGACAUCGAUCAAAACCCAGAGUGUAUAUAGGCUGCAUGAAAUCUGGUCCAGUGCUUGCUCAAAAGGGAGUGAGGUACCAUGAACCUGAAUAUUGGAAGUUCGGUGAAGAAGGAAACAAGUACUUCCGUCAUGCUACAGGGCAGCUAUAUGCUAUUUCCAAAGAUUUGGCUUCUUAUAUAUCAAUUAACCAGCAUAUGCUACACAAAUAUGCCAAUGAGGAUGUUUCAUUGGGGUCCUGGUUUAUCGGAUUGGAUGUACAGCACAUAGAUGACAGGAGACUAUGUUGCGGUACCCCACCUGAUUGUGAGUGGAAGGCUCAGGCAGGCAAUGUGUGUGUUGCCUCGUUUGAUUGGAGCUGCAGUGGCAUUUGCAAGUCUGCCGAGAGGAUCAAAGAGGUCCACCGGCGUUGUGGGGAAGGUGAGAAUGCUUUGUGGACUGCAGCCUUCUAAGCAAACCAAAAACAACACUUCUUUCAAACUCAGGAGGAAGCAAGUAAAUGACUUGAGGUUGUUGGUAUAGAGGAAACAUAUGUAUUAUGGAAAUGUUGAAUGAGACAGAUAUUCAUCAGGCAAGCAGGAGAGAUUUUGGUUUCUGAGUUUUCUUUUCAAUUUUAGUUUGGGAGAGAGACUCAAAAGCAAUUUUCAGGAAGGAAAAGAGUUUGUAUUUAACCAUUCUUUGAUUGCUUCCUGGCGCAAUUUGUAAGUGUGCCAUAGCUUAUGGAACCUUCAUAAUAAGUGUUGAUAUUUGGGCUAGUAGCUUGUGCUCAAUAAAUUUUCAGCCUUUUGUGUUGCUUUUGAUAGAUUUGUACCUUCUUUCUGUGAUUGUAAAUAACAUUGUGAUUAAGAUUCCUCCUUUUGAUGACCUA